AUGACCUCGCCGGCGUCACCUGGCCCCCCCAGUCGACCUCGCCGGCGCUCCCCCCCCCAGGCCACCCCCCAACAUGACCUCGCCGGCGUCACCUGGCCCCCCCAGUCGACCUCGCCGGCGCUCCCCCCCCAGGCCACCCCCCAACAUGACCUCGCCGGCGUCACCUGGCCCCCCCCAGUCGACCUCGCCGGCGCUCCCCCCCCCAGGCCACCCCCCAACAUGACCUCGCCGGCGUCACCUGGCCCCCCCCAGUCGACCUCGCCGGCGCUCCCCCCCCAAGGCCACCCCCCAACAUGA